GCUUCCCACAGAUUCUUCAUAUUAUGAUCAACCCCACCAAACAUCUCACUCUCCCUAUAUAACAGCAUUCGAUUGGCUCGUUUUGAUCCAACUUGAAACACAACUGACAUAUAAUCUCUUAACACAAUCAUGGUCUACUACGCAUACAUAAAGCAGAGCACAACCGACUGGAGUUAUCGAUACCUGGCUGCCUUUUCCAGCCGCGCCGUUGCCGAUGAAUGGUGGCGUGUAUUGUCCACUUCCACCAAAUACGGGAACACUAUGAAGCGUAUCACCCCCCAGUUCUUCACUCAUGACGUGGGCAAAGCCAACGCUGCCAGUUCCACCGCAGCAGGUGACGUUGCUGCCGACUUCAUGAACAAAGUGAUUUUCACAUUGCUGUACGACAAAGGCGAUCACAUCUGGAGUGUCAUGCCCACGUCAGAUUUCACGGACCACGUUAGCGGGAACUCGUUUUUCAUCCGCUCCAAAGCCUGUCCUGACGAGUACUGGUACUGUCCCUUACGGGACGGCGAUCACUCGGUCUAUACGUCGCGUACAGAGCGCACCCGCUUCCGCGUCCACAUUAUCGACGGCACUCCAGGGACCAUCAUGAUUGGCUCUGACCUCAUCGCUAUCACGUUGACUACCGUCGACCUGUCGGUUAGAUCCGAUCCACACAGUGGUGGAUUGUUCGUUUCAAAGAGCUCUGAGCCAGGGUUGAAGUUCAGCGACUUUCUUCACGGAUUCUCUGUAGGGUCUACCUUGUAUAAGGAUGCUAAGAGCACGGAUAGGAAGGCGAUAUUUAAGACGCGUACUGGGGAAGAGUGGGAACUGGUUUAAACUGGUAUUAGCAAAAGAGACAAAGCGCUUGGCUUGUACUGUUACGAUCGGUGAUUUCGAAGCAAUUGCAUAUUUUGUUGAACGCUUGUAACGGCGUGUCC